AUGGGUGCAAUACUUAGUCGAAUGUUGGGAAGGUUGUGGGGUGAAAAAGAAGUGCGAAUACUUAUUUUAGGUUUAGACGGCGCUGCCAUUGGAUUUAAUGUAGAAACUGUAACAUAUAAAAAUAUUAAAUUUCAAGUAUGGGAUCUAGGAGGUCAAACAAGUAUAAGGCCCUAUUGGCGGUGUUAUUAUGCAAACACCGAUGCUGUCAUAUACGUCGUAGAUUCUGUAGAUCGUGAUCGUAUGGGCACUUCAAAAGAGGAACUUCACGCAAUGCUUGAUGAAGAAGAAUUACGGGAUGCCGCAUUAUUAGUUUUUGCCAAUAAACAAGAUAUGGGAGGAGCGAUGACUGCAGCGGAAGUAUCAGAUGCGCUAGGUUUAGGUACAUUAAAGAAUAGACAAUGGAGUAUUUAUAAAACAAGUGCUGUAAAAGGCUAUGGUCUAACAGAAGGAUUAGAUUGGUGA